AAUAUCUGUGUGCUGGACGCGCUUCUGCUCUGCUGAAAUGUGUGUGUGCGUGAAAGCACGGGAGAGAAAGUGUGUGUGCGAGCGUGUGAAGGUGUAUACCUCCGACAAGUAAAGACAGAGGAAUUAUUCCGAGGCAUCGAAAUAUUUCAACACGUCUCUUUGGCAGGACUUGGUCUGGACGAUCUGAUUAUUAAGGGAAUGUCUAUUUUACUGACAGCCGAAGGAAGCGUAAAUACGCCGCGAGUUGACGUACAGCGUCCUUCAUUUUAGUGCUUUUAUUAUCAUAUAUUUAUAUAUUUUAAAUUUCAUUGUUCGGUGGUAAAAGACAACGAUUAAUGGAUAGCUGUUUCUCACGACACUUUGCUGGAACUCAGAGUUAGGGGAACCGCAGAUUUUAAGCGACUCUACAUCCAGGCGAUCGAUUUAAGGAACACCGCACAUCUGCAAUCUGGACUUCCCGAUGAGAGAUCCAGUUAUUCAGGGAUCCAGUAUGGCAUAUCACCCGUUUUUACCUCACCGGGGUCCGGAGUUUGCCAUGAGCGCAAUGCUGGGUCACCAGCCGCCUUUCUUCCCGGCACUGGCACUGCCACCCAACGGCUCGCUGUCGCUGCCCGGGGCGCUGGGCAAACCCAUCAUGGAACAGCUGAUGGGCGCCGCGGAGACCGGCCUGCACUUCUCCUCGCUGGGACACCAAGCCGCGCAUCUCCGGCCUCUAAAGACACUGGAGCCCGAGGAGGAGGUCGAAGACGAUCCGAAAGUUCACCUCGAAGCCAAGGAACUCUGGGAGCUUUUUCACAAGCGCGGCACCGAGAUGGUCAUCACCAAGUCGGGAAGGCGAAUGUUCCCUCCGUUUAAAGUCAGAUGCACGGGCUUGGACAAAAAGGCCAAAUAUAUUCUGUUGAUGGAUAUUGUCGCCGCUGAUGACUGCAGGUAUAAAUUUCACAACUCUCGCUGGAUGGUGGCAGGAAAGGCUGACCCCGAAAUGCCAAAACGGAUGUACAUUCACCCCGACAGUCCGGCCACUGGCGAGCAAUGGAUGUCUAAAGUCGUCAAUUUUCACAAACUUAAACUGACAAAUAACAUCUCCGACAAGCAUGGAUUCACGAUACUAAACUCCAUGCACAAAUACCAGCCAAGAUUUCACAUCGUGAGAGCCAACGACAUACUGAAGCUCCCCUACAGCACGUUCAGGACCUACGUGUUCCCCGAGACAGACUUCAUUGCUGUCACUGCCUACCAGAACGACAAGAUCACACAACUGAAAAUUGACCACAAUCCUUUUGCAAAAGGAUUUCGGGACACUGGAAAUGGGAGACGCGAAAAAAGGAAGCAGCUGGCUCUGCAAUCGAUGCGUUCAUAUGAGGAGCAGCAGAAAAAAGAAAACGGGACGUCAGACGAUUCCUCAGGCGAGCAGGCGUCCUUCAAGUGUUUUCGCCAGGCUUCAUCUCCUGCGGUCUCGACUGCUGGACACAAUCAUUUAAAAGAUUUCUGUGACAGCGAUGAAGACAGCGAUGAAGAAGACAAAGACGCGAACGCAAAAGAAGGGCCAGACUCCAGCAAAAUCUCCACCACCACCGAGGACUCCAAGGACCAGGACGCGGGUUUGGGCAAGAGUGUGUUCGGCGAGAGCGACUCCUCCUCGGGUCGCAGAAGCGAGAAGACCCGCGCGGACUCUCGGAGCCCCAUCACCCUCAUCUCCAGCACCACCCGCUCCGGAGAGGAGCUCAAGAGUCCGGUAAGAGAACCGGCCAAGACUACAGACGACUGCCGGACAGUGAGCAAGGAAAAUUACAUGCCAUUGACUGUGCAAACAGACGGCGCAGCGCACUUAAAUCAAAACCACUUGCACAAUUUCGGAUUUCCGCCGGGUUUGGCCGGGCAGCAGUUUUUCAAUCAUUUGGGUGGUGCCCAUCCUUUCCUCCUUCACCCCAGCCAGUUCAACAUGGGAGGCGCUUUCUCCAACAUGGCCGCAGGGAUGGGCCCCAUACUGGCCGCGGUGUCCUCUGGUGGAGUAGGCUCAUUGGACGGGUCCAGCCUGCCCUCGCCCUCACAGAGCCUCACCGGAGCCCCGAUGCCGUUUCAUCUGCAGCAGCACGUGCUGGCGUCUCAGGGUCUGGCUAUGUCUCCUUUCGGGGGUCUGUUCCCGUACCCCUACACGUAUAUGGCCGCCGCUGCAGCUGCUUCAUCCGCCGCCUCCUCCUCGGUGCACCGGCACCCGUUUCUGAGCGCGGUGCGGCCCCGGUUGCGGUACAGCCCGUACUCGUUACCGAGUGUCCCCGACAGCACUUUGCUCACGACGGCGAUGCAGCCCAUGGCGAGCAGCGGACUGGAGGUGAAGGGCGAUGGGAUGAACACCAGCCCCGCUUCCGCUGCUCUGGACUCUGAGGUCACCAGCCGCUCUUCCGGUUCUGUUUCACUGUCGCCGAAAACCUGCACCGAAAAAGAUUCGAGCUCCGAGCUGCAGAGCAUCCAGCGUCUGGUGAGCGGACUGGAGCCCAAGCCGGACCGAGCCCGCAGUGUGUCCCCGUAGGCCGGCGACUGGAGAGGAAAUACACGACAUUAUACACCCGUUUACAGGAGGAAAAACAGGCUCAGAAUGUACUUUGGGAAAAAUAAAGAAAUACAAACAAACACGUCAAAUGAUGCUAUAGAGAAAGGCACAGUUCACUCAAAAAUGACAAGUCUGUCAUCAUUUCCUCACCGGCCACGUGCUUCAAACCUGUGCGAGUUUCUUUAUCCUAAUGUAGAGAAAACCUGUAACCACGCUGAACAAUUUAUUUGUGUUGAAUUUAAACAAACAAAUUAAAUUUAAUGUAAUGUUCAACUUGGUUUGUUUGUUUAAAAUCAGCCCGAAUAAAUUGUUUACAAACCCUUAACUUAAAAAAAAAGUAAAUCCAAGCAAUCAUCCUUGAAUGAUUAUUUUCAGUGCAUUGACUUUUUUCUUUCUACAGACGUUUUUAGCUUUCUCCAAAAUAUUUAAUUUUGUGUCUAAUUAUUGUGAAGGAAGAAACUCAUUUGGUCUGGAGCCCCUUGAUGGUGAGCAAUAGUGAGUGAACGCUCAUGUUUGUGUGAACUAACCCUUUAAAUGAAAACGGCAACUUUGAUUCCCCCAACUAUAUUUGAAUACCACUGAAGUAUUGAACAGUUUGGCGAGAGACUGAAUGAAGCUGCUCUUCUGUGUGUUUAAUGUCAGGGUGACGGUAAUUUAAUUUAAUAUGCACUCUGAACAGGUUCUUACUUCAGCUUAUACCACUUUAUGAACACAGAAAGCACCACCGUCAUCAGGACUGCCGAAUUCAUCAUUUUAAUAAUAUUUUACAAUGUGACCGAGUCAGUACUUCUUUCAGUCUAUACUUAGAAUAUAUAUAUAUAUAUUGCUUUUUAUUUAAUUCUUAAAUUAAGGAAGGCAGUCUAGUCAAACAAAUGUUUUGUUUUAAUCUCUGUCCAAAGACCACUAAUUACUUAUUUGAUUAUCUGUGCGGUACUAAAAUUGUUUAUAAAGUCCAGCUUCGAGAUAAACUGGGAAAAGGGAUCAUAUGGAUCGAGAAUGGAUCGUAUGAUAAUAAAAUGUAAAUAGCGAUAUAUAUAUAUAUCAUAUUUAUGUAAUUAUUUCAUAAGAAUAUUGCCUGUAAAUAUAUCUGAGGUGCAUUGUUUAUUUGUUUGUUUGUUUGAAGGAACUUAAUUUAUUGUUGACAUAAAUGUAAAAUAGUUUGUGAGCAUUUUCCCUGUUGAUUGCGUCCUCCAGACUCUGGAUUUCACCCGUAACACCACAGUGCUAGUUUCUCUAGCGGAAAAAAUAAUGUGCCAUCGUUUUGAUUAACUGUUGUGUGUUUAAGUGCUUUGGUUCAAACAAAUUAAAGACGUUAACACCA